GGGAUUUCUUAAUCAAGACUGUUGAUGGAGUGAGAUGAAGUUUAAAAUUUUAGAAUUUCACAGGAGUCUGCGUAAAUGAAAGUUUGAAAUGCAUGAUAACUAAUAAGUGGAUUUUAAUUAAUAUUUUUUCAACUUAAAAACCUGCACCAUUCUCAUUGCUUUAGCAUGCAAUGUCAUGAACUUCAGGAGAAGGAAAUCAUAAAACUUUUAAUUGCGUUUAAUUAAAUUCUGUACAAGUCCACUAAGAUUCUUGUAUAGGUAUAACAUAUUGCAAUCAAUCAGCUCUAAAUCUGUACGUUAUGGUUAAAAAAUGAAUGUUAAUCUUAAUCACAGUAUCUAUAAGUAUUGAGCCGGUUGUAAGAUCUAGAAAAAUUGUAAAGUAAGACAGCGCGAGCGAAGAUUGUAAAAGUCGGAUAGAUUUGGAAUUACGUGCGAAAGGACCAGAAAACUACUCUAAUUAGUUUAACAGAUGGAAUUUUUUGCUGACAGUAGGCCUGGGCCUGGCGGCUUGUUUUUAUUGGAUGUAAUGUGAAACCCAGAGUCUGGCCACUUGUUGAGAGAGUCGCCGUACUAGCACAGUAGAACGAACGUUGUGACUGCACGUACACACGUGUAGUGCACGUGCUACUGUAUAGCAAUGGCAAUGAUGUUAGCCAUACUGGCAAUGGUUUUGUAUCUUUAUAUAUACAUAUCUAUACUGCACACCACUUCUCGUCGCAGUGGUGCUGCUCCUGAUGAUGAUGACUAUGCCUAGUGGCAAACGGAAAGAGAAGAAGCUCUUGGUGGGGUGUGUCGCCUCAGGGGCACGUUGCUCACGCCUAUUCAUUCAUAAAAGGAGUGUUCUCGCCGUAAGUCCACUUUUCUGUAGAGCCAGUCAUUAGAUUUAUUAUAAUUUGUGAAAAAGAAUUGCACCGAGAGAAUACAAGUGCGUAAACGAGAUGGCAGCCAGGAAAAAGGAAGAACCAGCUAGACAGAGAUAUCAGGCGAAUGCACGUGAGAGAGAUCGAACUCAUAGGUACGCAACUCAAGAAUCCCAAUCUUCACUGUGCAGCGUAAACACAGCCUUCACUGCCUUGAGAACAUUGAUCCCCACGGAGCCGGCUGAUAGGAAAUUGUCGAAAAUAGAAACAUUAAGAUUGGCCAGUAGCUACAUUAGUCAUUUGGGCGCUGUACUCGUCGCAGGAGCCAUAGAUCAGCCGUGUUUGCGGCUUGAGGAAAAUAAUCUGUCACCGCUUAUGAGUAAACUGGGUGAUUCUCAAUCCAGACCACAAGUCUGUACCUUUUGCCUUGCAAUGCAUAAAAAAUAUAAUCUCAACGUUGCGUCGCAGAUGAUAUCAGACUAUCCAAAUCAAGAAGAAGCACAGUAUAUAAUAGUCUCGUCGAAUUCCACGGCAUUUGAUUUGAAUUACGCAUAAUGCGCGUUUGUCAAAUUGUGUCUGUACAUUUUUUGUAAAUAAUUUCGUUACGUCGAUUAAAGUUUUAUACUUAUAACGUAUUAACUGUUUAGGACCUAAAUUUGUAAUAAUAAUAAUACUUUUGAAUAUUUAA